AGGCUUUGUGUGCGUUGCGAGCGCGUUAGUUGUUGUCCAUUUGUGGCCUCGUAUACAACCCUUUUAAUUAAAUCAACAAUAAAGUAAGCUCAGUGUGUAUACUGUUCAUUUACUUUGGUGCAUAGUACAGUUUUCAAUUAGUCGGUGAUUUAUUCAACGGAAAAUCGUAGAGAGGUUUCAGUAGUGGAAUACCACAAGUAUUAUUUACUAACGUUGAAUACAAACAGUAUCAUUGUUGUCUAGUCUGGUGUUUGGUGUCAGAUCGUCACUGGAUACAUGUCAUAAUGACGAACGACGCGGGCGGUGGAUCAGAGAGCCGAGAGCCCCGGGGCUCCUGGCGAAGAGCUGAUGACGUCAACAUCGAGUUCGGCUUCGGAAUGCCUCUCGGAUCAAUGUCAGCGCAUCCUGCCUUCCAUUCUGCUUGGGAUAUUGGAUGUCCAUCAUCGAGCUUCCACCAGAUGGCACGGAUGAUGGACCGUAUGAUGACGGAGAGUCUGCAGCCGUUCGGAUUCGCCCGGGUGACAGCGCGGCGUUCCAACAGCGAUAAGGGACAGGAUCCGCCGCGAGAUGGUCUGCGCAGCGAAAAGGGAGCCGCAAAGAAGGACAGGAAUAGACCAGACACGCAUGUCAGCACUGGCACCCGUCAUCCACCCACGCAAGUCGUCAGGCCGACUCAAGCGACUUCAUUCCAAGAAUCGCCAUUAGACCAAGUGAAGCAGUCAGAUCCUACGACUGAAAAGUGGGCGGGAACCCUUCGCAGACGAGACCCUGAGAUACAGCCGACACUGCCCUCUAUUGUUUCUCGGAAGACGUCCACCGCUUCCGCAGUAAGCAGCGGAAGGAAAUGUCGAUCAGUGGAAAGAAUUCCAAGAGUAAAGAGGCAACUGGCUCCAAUCAAACCGAUUCGAAAGACCGAUGGUACAACAGAUGGAGAUGUCACAAUAUUGGAGAGAGAUGAGAAAGUCUUUGAUACGAGUGGCUACGAAUUACAUCUAGUGGAGACUUUGGAAAGAGAUAUACUGCAGAAGAACCCAGAUGUACGCUGGAGGGAUGUUAUUGGAUUGGACGAUGCGAAGGCGGUACUGCAAGAAGCAAUGGUACUGCCUCUUGUAAUGCCCGAUUAUUUUAAGGGCAUCCGUCGUCCGUGGAAAGGCGUGCUACUGACGGGUCCGCCAGGCACUGGUAAGACGUUGUUAGCGCGCGCUGUGGCCACCGAGUGCCGCACCACAUUCUUCAACGUCUCCUCCGCCACACUCACAUCCAAGUACCGCGGUGACUCCGAGAAACUCGUACGACUGCUCUUCGAUAUGGCGUCCUUUUACGCGCCGAGCACGAUCUUCAUCGAUGAAGUGGACUCGCUAUGUGCGGUGCGUGGCGCCGACUCUGAGCAUGAAGCCUCGCGCCGAUUCAAGGCUGAGCUGCUCAUACAGAUGGAUGGACUCGCCGCCAUAUUUAACCAAGACAAAGUGGUGAUGGUGCUGGCAGCAACUAACCACCCGUGGGACAUUGACGAGGCCUUCAGGAGACGCUUUGAGAAGAGAAUAUACGUCGGCCUUCCUGAUGAAGUAACUAGAACGAAGCUCCUCAAGCUUUGCCUCCGCGAGGUGUCGCUUACAGAGGACGUGGAAUUCCAAGAGCUGUCGGAAAAACUCGACGGUUACAGCGGCUCCGACAUCUGUAACAUAUGCCGAGACGCAGCCAUGAUGACAAUGCGCCGAAAAAUUGCGGGAAAAAGUCCCGAUCAAAUACGUCGAUUGAAACAAUCUGAACUUGAGGCGCCCGUGUCCAAGAACGAUCUGAAUGCCGCCAUAGAGAAGACUCGGCGCACCGUCAGCUCGACAGAUGUCGCGCGCUACGUCUCUUGGAUCCAGCGCCACGGUUGUUCUUAGCGCAGAAAUAAAGCGCUUCGAGCGCUGCUCAGGAGACUGAGAAAUUGCUAGAGCUCUCUGUGACAGCUAGCAAGCGCUUUAAGUCGCUAGAGAUGCUGAAUUAUAUGGACAUGUCAUUUCGCUUGAAAUUUUUAUAUUAACCUCUUGUUUAUGGUGAAUAAAUAUAAUUGAAAGUGAUAAUAUAUUGGGACUAAUUAUGAAAAUUAAUACUUACUAUUGAAGUGAAAAGAUGUGAUUAUUAUUUAGGUGACGGAUAAUAUAAAUUAUUAAUUUUUGAUAAGUUUUAUGUAUUUGCUUUC